AUGUUCUUCCCAGGGGCGAAAGCCGAAGCAGGAAUCUGUCUUCUGAUUGGAGCGGAUCAGAUGUGGAGGUUCCUAAAGUCCGAUGUGCGACGAUCAGGGGCGGGCGACCGUACCGUUGCGGUGAACACGCAGUUAGGCUGGACGUUCCAAGGUCCCACCGCUGUCCUGUCGUUAGUCACCGGAGACGUCACGCUUACCUGCGCGUUACACGUGGAGGCAAGCACCGAGGAAAGGCCGUUUGAUCUCCGAAUGUUCUGGGAGCUGGAAGGUCUUGGGAUAACAGACUGCGCAAAUGACCAGCGCUCAGAGGACGACGCAGUGUGGCUACGUUUCAAGGACACCAUACAAAAGGAGGACGGCCGAUAUAAAGUGAGUUUGCCGUGGAAGACUGGCAGUGCCACACUGAGGGACAACCGGGAAGUAGCUGAGCGUAGGCUGAGAAGCCUGAUGAAGAGACUUCGUUCGAACAAAACUCUUCUGCUGGAGUACGAUUGUGCGAUGAGGAAGUACCUCAACGACGGACAUGCAGAGGUAGUUACCGAAGCGGAGCAAGCACCAACAGAGCAUAUUUACUAUAUGCCACACCAGGCGGUUGUCCGGGAGAAUUCAACGACAACGAAGCUCAGAGUUGUCUUUGAAGCGUCCUCGCAUGCCCCGGGGACCGCAUCUCUGAACGCGCAUCUCGAAAAGGGACCGAAGCUAAACACGGAACUACUGCCGCUGCUGCUGCGCUUUCGGACGGUCAAGGUCGCUCUGGUGGUGGACAUUGCCAAAGCGUUCCUCCAGAUUGUAGUCAGGGAAGAGGAUCGUGACGCACUUCGUUUCCUGUGGUGUAACGAAACGCCGAAGGAAGAUGGUCAGUGGCCAAACGUGGAAGUCUGGAGAAUGACAAGAGUACCGUUCGGUACAACCUCCAGUCCUUUCCUUUUGUCGGCGACAAUACGGUACCAUCUAAAGAAUGUGGAAGAGCACCUACAGGAAACGGCAGCGCAUCUUGCAAAUUCCUUUUAUGUGGAUGAUCUAUUGACUGGCGCUUCAAGCGAGGAUGAAGCUGAACAACUGUACAAGGACGCGAAUACCGUCACGAGGGCGGCUGGGAUGGAGUUAAGAAAGUGGGCAUCGAAUUCCCCGGUUCUCAAUCGCCUCUUCGCAGAUCACGAGCCACUCUUAGAAGAGCACUACGCUGCGACCAUAGAAACAGGACUUUUGGGAUUACGGUGGAAUCGACACACUGACAGCAUCAAGCUCGCGGAAUGCAGGCCACCCAACAUCACGUCGGCGGGCAACACGAAACGGUUGGUGCUACAGCUCUAA